AUGGCCACCGAUCCUCUUCUUUCCGACCCUCUACUGUCCCUGCGACGAGCAAUCGCAGCUCAAGCUCUCCCAUCUCCGACAACCUCCUCAGACGUCUCUAACGCCAACGAGAACCUCACAGACGACCUCGCACAAGCCAGCCACCUGUACUUUACACAUCCACUUCCACACACCUUACCGUUAAACACACUGACGCGUUUUGUCUCCGCGGCCAACAACGACACACAAGUCGACUUGCGCAGCAUCUUCUUUGCAUGGCAGAAGAAAGACGUCGCUAUCCCCGAAUACAUCGCCUCGGCGCAGGAAGUCAACGAGGCGUUAAAACGGAAGGAUGCCGGCGGGAAUGAGCAGGUGCUAAACCUUGUUUUUGUUGAGCGGUUGGAUCUUAUCACUUGGCUUGAAGGUGCUUCCGAUGAUAGCGAAUAUAUCAAGCCUCUGGAAGGUGAAGCAGCAGCAGCAGCAACAGCGGCCGCUGCGGUAGCCGAUGUGGCCGCUUCUGCGGCUGAGAUUGAUGCUGCUGCUACUGCUACAGCGCCCAAGACAGCUGUGACGACGUCAGCUGCAGGUGCAGUGGCGGGAGCGAGGCCGACGAAAGUGAUUGAUCCUCAAUUACAGGAAAUUUACAAUGGAGAGCGAAAAUUGGGGGAUCGGAAUACCGUUCUACACGGUAUCAAGCCCACUGACUUUUCACACAUUCGCAAAACCGCAGAGAUGUUUCUCGGCCGCAGCCGUAGCGCUCGUGGCCAAUAUCCAUCUGGAAGUAGCAAGGCCAACGCAGGAAAACGAGGAAUCAUCGUCCCAGCACCCUCAGCAGGACUAGCCCUCCCCAAAAAGCCAUCCUCAUCAUCCGGCAGCUCACGUCGACCGGACCCCAUCAUCCUCCUCUCCCCAUCCGCCUCCUCACCCAUCCGCCUCUCCAAUAUCAAAACCUUCCUUCAAGACGGCGUCUUCGUACCCCCCGACCAUCCCACACUCGCAACCCACACCACCUCCAACAUCCACAUCAUCACGCGCCACCUCAAUCUCACCAACGACGGCAGCGCCACAGGAAGCAGCAAACCCGAUCCCAAACUACCAUCCUCAUCCACCUCUUCAUCCUCAUCUAGCCGACGCCCAACCCGCUUCAUCCUCGCCGACAGCACUGCAAACUUCAAACCCGAUUACUGGCAACGCCUAGUCGCCGUAUUCACAACGGGCCAAGCAUGGCAAUUCAAAACCUACAAAUGGACCACCCCGCCCGACCUCUUCAGACACGCAGCAGGAAUCUAUGUCGGCAUGGCCGGCGAACACGUCCCCAACCAAAUCAAGGACUGGGGUCGGGGCGUGAGCACAUUCACUCUGGCGCGCUGGGAUGAGAAAAAGGGCGUCGAGGGUGCCGGUAGAUGGUUGGAUAGGGAGAUUGUAGAGCAUAUUUGGGAUGUGAUUGAGAAUAAUAUGAAGGCGAAGGGGUGGAUGAAUAAAUAG